GGUGGGCGAGAGUCUCUCACUAACAAAAAAUGGGGCGUCCUCCACCCCACUUAACUCCAGAACUCGCGGAGGCGUCGCCGCUGCCACGAGCGCUAUUAAUGACUGACAGCACCGCGGGGGGCCUGAGGGCGGGAAAGGAAAAGGCCGCUUUCCCCCACAACCGCCUCAGUCGAGCCGGGCCGCCUGCCUCGGCCUCCUCCCGCCGACGCUUUCCCGCCCUCCCGAGUUGACGACGGGCCCUUUUCCCGGCCAACUUCUCCUCUCCUUCCCGCUAUGAAGCCGUGGCUGCUGCUCCUCGGGCUCCUGCUGUUCCACCAAACGCUGCAAAAUGGUGAGUCCGCCCGGGUGGUCGCUGUGCGUCUUGCGCGCCCCACCGCCUUCCAACCCUCAGCAUCCCUUUCAAAAAACACCCUUUAAGCCCCCCACCCCACCCCAUGGCGUGUAUCCCGUGCCACGCCGCACUUAUAAAACUUUUGGGGGGCGAGGGAGAACUGCCGCCUCCCAGUUUCUGCCGCCUUUCCCGCCACUUGGCAGAGCGCCUCCUUCUCCUUCUGGCUAAGCAAGUGUGCCUCAGAUUAAUGGAGUCCGUUAGCUGCUGCCACCCCUCCUCGCCCCGGGAAAGAAUGCUGAGAAUUUGGACGUGGGGUUUUUUAUUUUUCUCCACACCCCGUUUAGUUACCACAGGACUGUGCUGCUCAGAAUGGCUCACAUGCAUAGCUUUGAAAGCAAACCAACAAACCCCAAAACUUGUUUUUUUAAAUUAAGGUUUUAAUAUCAUGCUAUGGGAUAUUGCAUGGUGUUACUUUAAUAUAAUAAUGUAUUAAGGUUUGAACGAAACUUCUAUUCAAAUUAGAUUUAAAACAGGGUAAUGGCGUAAAGCAUCCCAGUAAAAUUUACUCCCACCCUGCUCUGUGGCCCUUGUUCUUAAGUAGAUUGUCAAAUAGGCAUAUUUAUCCCAGUACAGUAUCAAGUGACCAGCAAUACAUGAAUGAGCUUGCUUAGAUCAGUCACUGCAGGUGUAAUUUGUGUUUCUGUUCCAAAACACAGCAUUUCCCAGUAUUUCCCCAUGGAAUCUGUUUAUAGGCGCUGGCACAAGGAUAAUACAAUACUAAUUAAAAGGGGAAUAUAUCUCUUGGAAAAACAUUAGAAUUAAGGAUUACAAGCAGUUUUACAUGAACAAACCAUGUUUAGUUUUCUAGAAUUCUAAUCCAACUUCCAAACCUAUAAUCUCAGCUGUUCUUUCUACAACUGCGUGUUCGUAUGAAUGUUAACUAAGAGUAGUAGCUUCUGGCAAAGAUAAUUGAUUUUACACAGAAGUGUCAUCUUAUCCCAUGGGAAGACCUAGUAAUUGCUUAUUUGCAUGUGUUAAUUUAAAUCCAUGCAGAUUUAAAAUUGCCUGUUGGUGAGCAUCCUGAACUAACAAAAAAUGAACAGGAUGUAUAUACACACAAAAGCCCUCCGUGCUGUCUUGGCCUAUUUAUAAUAAAUUGGUUACAAAUGCUAAUCCUAUGUCAAUAUUCUGGGUUCCUUUCCAUAUGUGAGGUGAAAAACCCCUUUCAGGAAAUUUCUUUGUACCCAAAAUAGAGCAUGAUAUUUUCUCCUAUCUCUCGUGAUAGCUAUUGGUCAGCCUGCAAAGAACAAGCGUCCGAAGGAACCGGGAGAGAACAGGAUUAAACCCGCUAACAAAAAAGUAAAACCCAAAACUCCCAAACUAAAGGAGAGAGAAUCCACAGAUGCGUCUCCAAAAAUCCAUUCCAUAAUGACACAGGUGAUGGAUAAGGGGCGUUUUCAGAAACCUGCUGCUACUCUGAGCCUCUCUGCAGGACAGAAUUUAGAACUGCGGUGUAAAGGAAAUAAAAUUGAAUGGAGCCAUCCUUCAGAUCACAACAGGGUCAGGUAAGACUUUGAAAGGUGGAAAUGAAUAAAGUUAUGCCCAAACUUUACUGUUGUUGUUUUUUAAAUCCAUGCAAAUGUUGAUGUUCCUUUGGUAAAAUAUAUUGGACUGUAUAGAGAAGGGGAAAAGAUUUCAGACCAGAGGGAUUUAUGACAGACCAUUGCCAAUGUUGUUUCCAUAGAAUUUAAUCUAAAACAGAACUCAAGCUAAAUAGAGGGGACAGGGGCUUUUGCUCAGAUGAAAUAUCUGGAAACUUCUUUGUUGAAAGAAUUGUAGCUGUAGUGUUAUCGUGUGCGUAUUUAUCUGGAAGUAAGUCCAAAUAAUUCAUUAGGACUUCUGAAUGGAUUUAGGAGUGCAGCGGUAGUCUUGUUUCACACGUGUGGUUUAUAGAAAUUAGUUUUCUAACUCAGAUGUAAGUUUCCUAUUGGGUGUGCAGUGCUACCUCGGGUUACAAACACUUUGGUUAAAGACUCCGCUAACCCAGAAGUAGUACCUUGGGUUAAGAACUUUACCUCAGGAUGAGAACAGAAAUCGUGUGGCAGUGGCAGCGGGAGGCCCCAUUAGCUAAAGUGGUACCUCAGGUUAAGAACGGACCUCCAGAAUGAAUUAAGUUCGUAAUUGUAUUCCCAUCUGCCCAAGAAAUACAUAGCAAUAAAAGGUAGAUGUUAUCACAAGAGGAGAAUGUUUUGUCAACAUUCUAGACUAGAUUAGGAAAGUAGUAUUUAUUUGUAAUUACUUUUAGCUUGCCAUAUUGCAAACUGUGUGAAGUAAGCUUUUUUCUAGAUACAUCCUGCACCUGCUGUUGCAAGAUAGGGUUUUCUAACAUGAAUUAUAUUCUUAAGAUAGAAGUGUAGAUGAAUUUUAGCUCCACGACAAGGGCCCCUAUCUAAGUUUUGUUCCUCACCGUGAACAUUUUCUUUGGGGGGGGGGGGGAUUCCCUAGGAGAAUCACCAAUUUUUCUUACUAUUAGAAAUACAGUGGUGCCCCGCAAGACGAAUGCCUCGCAAGACGAAAAACUCGCUAGACGAAAGGGUUUUGCGUUUUUUUAGUCGUUCCGCAAGACGAAUUUCCUUAUGGGCUUGCUUCGCAAGACGAAACGUCUUGCGAGUUCUUGCGAGUUUGUUUCCUUUUUCUUAAAGCCGCUAAGCCGUUAAUAGCCGCUAGCCGCUAAGACAGACAAAACCGCAAGACGAAGAGACUCGCGGAACGGAGGCACCACUGUAAAUGAAUACACUGCUGAAUAAAAAAAUGUGUAAGUCAAACUUUGAUAUAUAUGGUUAGCGCUAUUUGUGUUUAUAGUGAUUGGUAUCUUACAUUGGGAUAAUAAUGAUUUUUAAAGCUCAUAUACCGGUAAUUCAUUGCCAUAGGAUGUUGUGGCUUUUGCUGCAAGUACCAAUUACUCUGAAAUUUAGUUUAAAUAAUGUCAUGGAAGAAGUGUUUGAGGUUUUACAGACCUUGGUAGCCAGAAAAUGCAAACGCUUUCCGAGAUACGACAUCUCUCUAACUCUGAUGAACUUCCAUCAUACUCAAGUUAGAAAAUACAUUAGUUGGCCAGAUCCAGUAUAGUAUUGCAGUUAUUCAAAAUAGUCUUGUUUUUAUUAUGCAGUUAACUGAGCCGCAGCAUAUCUGACCACUAGAUGGCAGAUUUCACCAGAAAUAAUAUUGUCACAUAGCCUUGACCAGAGGGAGUUAAUAAAUAAUUAUGUAAAGGCAGAACUGACUGUACUUUUAAUGUGUUUGUGGAGUAUUAGACCGAAAUGCCAAAAUGCCUGACUGUAAAAGUAAGCGAGGUACUUUGACAAAUGAAGACCUUUUUUUCCAAGGUGUGAUGUCCUGAAAGGAUAUGGUAAAUUUGAAAUGAGGACUCUGUAGUAUUUUUUAGUACUUCAGUAGUCUCAGCAUCUGGCUACCCAUUUUAAAUACUGAACUUUUAAAUGUAGUUUUCUAAGGGUGCUGAGAGUUGUAAGGAAACCCCUAUUACCCUCCCAGAGCUACAGUUCCCAGAGUGGUUUAACAAUCAAUCCCUCUCCUCAGGGAACUAUUGGAGGAGGAGGAGGAGGAGGAAUAAUAAUAAUAAUAAUAAUAAUUUAUUUAUACACCUCCCAUCUUGCUGGGUUUCCCCAUGUUAGUAACCAUGUUAGUCUGCUGCAGCAAAACGUUUUGUGGCAUCAUAUAUGCUAACAAAGCUAUAAUUGUGAACUAGAUAUCCUGUAUGUUUUUAUUAACUUAUAAAUGCCAGGAUCUUUAUCUACGUUGCAUUGUGAAUGGUCACUGUAAUUACUUUGCAUACAUCUAAGCUUCAUUGUAAUUAUCUCCGUGUUUAUUUCUGGUACUUCCCUCUGACACCGCUGCUCCUUUUCUCUCUCUGCACCCCUGUGUACCUUCCAACUCAAGAGGACAUUCCAUGUACAUGAUGAAUUAGAAUCUGGCCUGCCAAACUUACACCAUAAUAAUACUAUUGUGAGUUUGGGGGUGGAGGGGGAAUCUUAACAGAAUAUCCCACUGUUCAAGAGCUAUAAUGGCCCUAGGUAUGGGUUGAAGACAGGAGUGCCUGGUGUGCUCUGGUCCAUGGGGUCACGAAGAGCCAGACACGACUAAACAACAAGGUAUGGGUUGUUAUUAUAAGCAGGCUUUCUGUCACCCAGGGCAAAGACCCAGUUUGUCACCCCCCACGUGUGUUUGUGUACACACACACACACACACACACACACAACACAUUUGUUCAUAAAGGAAAUAGAACAUAGUUUGAAAGAGGCUGGAGAAGAAAUAGUCUUUCCAAAUAAUAAAAUUGUCUGUGUAUGUAUCUGGCUUUCAUUCAACCUUAAGUAGAUCUCCUCAGAGAGUAAUUGAUCAUUUGAGGAAUUCUAAGAAGUAUUAUGACUGUUUGAUAUUAUUAUUAUUAAUAGUAGUAGUAGUAGAAACUGAUAAUGAUCAGGCACAUAAUAAAGAGUAAUCCCUAUCGAACUCAAUGGGACUUACUUCUGAGUAGUAAAUGCUUGCAGUUUAAGGCUCUAAAUAAUAAAAUAAAAGGAUAAAUAAUCCACAAGUUUCCUUAAAAAAUUGUUGACGGCUGAACCAUUGCAGUUAAAUAAAGUGGAUUGGCUACAUUUUCCUUCCAAAUUACAGGAAGGGAUAAAUACAAAAAGUUUCAUAUGUCAGCAUCACAUUUCUUUCAUUGCAGGUAUUUCAUUUUCGGUAUAAAAAGGACUCAGUUUUUGUAGCUGAUUGUAUGCAGCAGUGCCCUUUUUAUGUAUUCACAUGAUGUAAACAUGUAUGUUGUCCUUUAGAUCCAAACACAAACGCACAGAGAGAGAGAGAGAGAACACACAUAAGCAAGCAAUACACCAAAGUGCAUCUGUUCCCAAAAAGGGAAGGAAGUGGUGUUCUGAUCUCUUCACCACUUUUAAUUGAUCUCUGAGACACUGAAGGAAGCAAAAGAAGAAAACAAGCUACAAAACUUCCCCUUUUCAACUUUGCUUGGAGAGGAUUUCUCCAGGAUUUCUGUUGCACACAGUUCCAAAAAUGGAGAAAGGGGAAGGAGGAUCAUUUUCCAGGUCUUCCAGCUUCCCCUUGCAAAUAAGCAUCAGUCUGGGCCAGCCACAGUAAGAGGAAGCCCACCCACCCCCCAGCUGUGAGGGAGCCCCUCCAUCAUAGGCUCAAGUUGCAUAUACAGUGUCUGUUCUCCCUCAUUCCAAGGAAACUAAACUCUGGGUAAGCAGCUAGAACCCCUGGAAUCUUGCAUGGCUCAGAGAUUGGGAUGGCGUGCAAUAAUACAUUUCUAGCAUGAGGAAAGUUGCAUCACCAGUGUCUCUUCAAUACCUCCACAAUUUAAUGCAAAAUUAAAUCUGUGUAAGACAUAGUGAAUUUUUAUUGUAGAAGGGAGCAUGUAGUUUCAUAGCUAUGAAUCACAUAUUAAUGUAUAUCCUUUGAUUUCAAGUGCCAUAAAUGAAAAGGCGAUGACUGAGGCAAAGUGAGUAAUGCUUAUAGCACUUCCCUGCUCCUCCACUGAUGUGCCUAAAGCAACAUAGUAAGUGAAAAAUAAAGAUGGAGGAGAGGAAACUGAGCCCAACAAACGUAUAAAAUGCCAAAGAGCUGACCAUUGCAAGCCCAUAAACAUUUAAUAGGACUGUAAGCAUGUAGUUCAUGUUGCUAUUAUAUAACAGGACAUAUUCACCAAACACCUGAAGACACUACCAAGUAUGGGAAAUGAGUACCACGUUCUCCGUUAUAGUUGGAAGUAGCAGUAUAUAUUGAGAUUCUGAAAGAAUAGCUUUGCAAUCCAACCAGGUGGGUGAAUUUUCUCAUGCAAGAUGGAAUCUGCUCCCACGUGAGGUGGUGAUGGCCACAAACUCGGAUGGCUUUAAAAAAGGAUUAGACGAAUUUAUGGGGGUUAAUGCAAUGUUUUGCCUUCACUAUUGGAGGCAGUAUGCCUCUGAACAGUAGUUUCUGGGAAUCAAGAGCAGGAAGAGUGCUAUUGCACUCUGGUCUGUUGUGGGCCAGCAGUCAGCUUCACCUGCUGAACAGCCUGAAGAGGGAGAAGGCAGAGUGACCCAACCUUCAAGGAUACAGAGAAGGUGCUGAUGAGAACCAUCUGGCUUCAGCCUUAAGCAGAGCUUCCAGCAGCAGUCAAUUGCUGGUAAUAAUGCUUGUAACUCCUGGCCCUAUCUUGCUGAUUCCUGCUCUUGACCCCAUGAUCACCAGAUUCCCUGACCCCUGGACCAUCUGUCCACAUGGAUUGCCAUUUGCACGAUCCUAGGACUGGACCUGAUUUUGGAUGCUGACUGCCUCCAGGAAGUACACUUCAGAGGCUCUUCUGGUUGGCUGGCUGGAUGUAUUCUUGAGGAUGACUCACAUGGUACUCAUGAAGGCCCAUAGCCACUUGUUAAAACUAGUCCCCAAAUACUACCUCAUGAGGAGGCUGGUAAUAUGCCGCUACCUUUGAUUCAGCUGGCUCAGCACAUUCUGAAGGUCCAUAAGUAUGGCAAACAGUCUGUGACAGGAUACAGAAGGACUGGGGGAAACCCAAGGUGCGUUGUUUUUUGAAAGCAAAGAACGGAAAGACAAUGAAAGAGUAUCUUCAAGCUUCCAUCAAUAACUAGCUGUACCAUGGUGCACAGGUGAUGAAUUACUCUUGUACUGUCUUUUUUCAGCUAAAUCUUCCUGUCAUUUUCUUCAUGAGAUGCAGAUCUCUGGGCACAGAGUAUUCAGGUGGUGCUGCAGCCCUUGCAGAUAGUUUAGGGAAAGUCUCCCUUGGAUGAUUUGGAACCAUGAGAGACGACAGUUUGAUACUUUGGGCUUUUUAUAUUUCAGCCUUUAGAAUGUUCUUGAUGAUGAUUAAUAUAACAACAAUUGGUUCCAUCUAUACUUUGCAAAGAACCUGGUAGAAGGAUAUUGUUGUGAUCCUGAACAGGUUUACCAAAGCUGGCAUGCCACACUUGAUUUUAAUUGGCGCUCAUCAAGAUCACCAUUACAUUCAUCAUGAAUGAUUCCACCUUCAAUUUCAUCUUUCCCACAAAAGUGCUCUGAACAGAAGGCAGUCUCCCCCCAAAAAACCCAGAAGCAACACUUAGGAUGACCAUCUCUUACCAUGCUGAUGGUGUAUAUAUGGUGUACGUAUUUCCUGGCUGUGAGGCGUGAAGGCCGCACAUUACAAGGCCCUUUCCACCUGACCUAGGGAGCAGGGCCCAUACUCAUCCAGCCCUACAAGAGAGACUCCUCAUGAGGCUGGAGGAACAUCGCCCAGCUGUGAGUGCUGAAGGCCGCUCCCUGCAAGGCUUUUUCCACCUGGACUAGGGGGCAGACUUACCCAGCCCUAUACUAUGUUAUAUGCAUUCUGUAGUUGACCUUCUUUGUAAUGUUUUAUUUUGAAAUAUUUUAAGAUAAUAUUUUAGUUUUCUGUUAUUUUGCUUUGACUGUAUACUCUAUAUUUGACUUUUUCAGAUUGUUUUAUUGAUUUAUUGAUAUAAUAAAGCGGCCCAUGGGGGUCGUUUAAACGGCCCACGAGACACCCCCAAACCGAGUCACCUGCUCGGUGAGUCCCUGCGCGCUGCGCUAAACCUGCGCAGAGCAGGGACUCGCUUCCCUGGCGCCGGAAGUCGUGUCGACGUAGGCGCUGGAAGUUGCGUCCGCACAGACGCAAUACAGCCCACGGAGCGAUCUCCGCAGGAGUGAACUGGCCCAGGCGAGGUAAACCUUGCCAACCCCUGAUUUAAUAUGCUGUAAACCGCUGAGAUUUUUCUUAAAAAUAUAAAGUGGUAUAGAAAAUAAAUAAAUAAAUAGAUAAAUAAACAAAUGUCUUUUCCACUGUUUCCCAAGUUAUUCAGAGCUUGCUGUGGGUGUUGGGCAGCAUUUUGCUGUUGCAAAGACGUAUUAAGCUGAUUUGACAUCACUACUAGUUCUUCUGCAAGAACUGAUGACAUUAAUAAUAUAUCUGAUCUGUUUGCUUCUUUCAGCACUAAGAAAUCUCCAAGCUCCCGUAUCAAGAAUUUCAUCACUCUUGCUUGUAAUAGUACCUUUUCUCCCAGAGUCUGUGAGGGUGAAACCCUUCAUCUCCUUGUAGUUUUGGCUUCAUCUCAAUCAAGAUAGACCAUCAUGGGAAACUGCCCUUGACUCGUCGGCUUCUAUUUCCUUAGUUAUCCUUGUGUUCUUACUUCAGUAACUACUUGCACAUACGUGAUAUUCAACCUGCAAACCAAUCAUUAGAAUCUACCCUUGGCCUUUGCAGAACUGAGUAGCCCUCACAAUCAUAAAUGCAUGAUGAUACUCAACUAUAGGGUGAUUAAUAUAUGUUCAUCAAGGUUUAGCCCUUAAGCAUAUGAUCUGUUAACCUACAAACUCCAAGUUACUGCAGCUACCCUCCUUUCAAGUUGGUAUUUGUCAGCUUGUUUGAGUGGUGACUAUGAGUCUUUGGUCACAUCCACAAAUCCAUUAAAAACACAUUUUUAUCACUUUUAACAGUCUUGCCUUUCUUCAAGAAUCCUGGGAAUUGUAGUUUACUCCUCACAGAGCUACAGUUCACAGCACUUUAAACUACAGUUCCCAGAAUUCUUAGGAGGGAAGCCGUGACUGCUAAAGUGGUAUAAGAGUACUUUUCAUGUGUGGUGCGGAUGUGAUCUUUAUUCUGGUAUAUUCUCUUCCACAUCUGUCUGUCUAAACUGCAGAGCUAUUAUUCCAAUGGUCGGCUUCAAUGUGUGCUACUUCUAACCACUGCUAAAGUGGUAUUCAGAUGCUAUACUUGCCAGCAUCUUUAGUUAUUUGGUGCCCAUUUCCUGUAAAUAGUGACAUUAGUAAAAUGAAUAUGCAAGGGUGUAAUAUGAAUUUGCUUUAUGGCAUAUUUUAUCGAUAUUGAGGAUCAAUUUUGUUUCCUCCAUCUUUAUUCUCCAUAUAAGUGCUACUUCUUUUCUUCUUAUUAAUGUUCUGUUCAUUCAGUCAGUCUUUAGAAGAUUAGGUAUCAUGGACUGCAACUGGAGCAGUUUCUGCCGAUUGCCACAUUUUGCAUUUCUCUAGUGACAUACUUCAAGUUGAGAAAGAAAGGGAUGCGUCUGAAAUUUGUGAACCUGUUUUUCAGGAUCUACUGUACAUAUGAUGCUUUGAUAAGUUAAGUGCAUCACCAAUUAAGGCAAUUUUCAUGGGCAUAGGAAACAGAUUAAGGGAUAUCUCUUAUUAUUCCAACUUUCUUGGUAAACGUGCAAGCUUUUGACUUACAAAGCAUUCAUUACCAGGAAGCGAGCUUUAGUCAAUGGUUUUAGCCAAUGACAGAAAUGUAAAUGUUUGAGAAAGAACUCAUAGAUGGUUAAUUCUCCAUUGUGUAUGGCUACACCUCACUUACUCAUGCAAAAGAACAAAUGUGUGUCUGGAUACAUGCUGCUGAGCUGCAGAAGGGGAGACUUGCACCCAACCUCAUGCCUUCUCAAGGAGGGGCAAAGGGUAGUAAGUCCCAAGCAGACAGUAUAUCCAUAAUUCCAGCACAGCGGGACCAUCUGGUCCUGUGCUGGCCUCGCAAGAAGUUCUGAAUUGAGCAACUGUCAUUUAAAGAGGAGAGCGGGCUAAUCAGAAAACAGUUAGCAUCCUAGACAGUUGCCGAUACAACAGAUUAAUCAGCAGGGGGUUGCAGGCUGUUUUAAUGACCUAAGGAACUAAGAUCUCUAUUGAAGCUGGCUGUUUGUGUUGAUGGAUACAAACAAACAAACAACUCAGAUACCAUUCUGUUUCUUCUUCUCGGACUGUUACAGUUCAAACCCUUUGCACCAGAAAUUCGAACCAUUUUCAGAUUAACACUGAAGUCCAAUGAACUGGUUUCAGAACGAUCAACUUGCUGAGACCCUACUUCUAAGUAAAUAAGCAUAGGAUUAGGCUGCACAUAAUUUAGAUAUAAGAAGCUGGUAGCUGCUGAUAGAGUGCUUAUAGUAGGGCUGAGGGUUUUUUAUACUUCGCUUUUAAAUGGAAAUUUUAUACCACAGUAAUCUAAAUUUUGGGGUGAGAAAACUGAAUUCUGCAAUGUGUCUAAAUUGUGCAUAUUAAGUAUAUUUCCUUGUUUAUUUUGCAUAAUAUCUUAAUGCUUCUGCUAAUCGGUGGGAGAGACAACAAACUAUGCAGAGGGGCUCUGAAACUCUGGUUUGAAGUGGUCGAAACUUUUCACGUACAUUUGGCUUCUUUGCUUUCAUCAAGCAUGCCUUUCUAGCAUCUUGAAACUUGCCUUUAAAAAGGGGUGGGGCUGAAAUUUCUAUGAUUUUUUAAAGUUUCACCCAACAUCAAACUGUGUGUUAGCGCAGUGUUUGCCUAAAAUUAAAAAACACACCUAGGCUUUCUUGUACAGCACUGAUACAUCUACAUACGAGUUUAUCUUGUGCUACUUAAUGGGUUCUUACUGGGAAUUAACAUUUCAAAAAGAUAUCCCAGGUUGUGUAGGGAUUUGGACAAUAGAAUGUUGGCAUUUCUGCAAUAGAACUAGCUUUGCUUUGCAUGAACUGAAUCAGUGCAUAUGUGGGUGGGAAGGAAACUCUGGAAGAGAUUGAUUUCUUUCAAAGUCCUAAUUAUUUAGCUUCCUUGGGGAUACAAUAUGGAUUUCCUUGGAAAGUUAUUUGGUUAUUUUGAUUGCUGGAUGGCUUAUAUGUAGAGGGUUUGAUGGAUGGCUUAUUGUGUAAAGAGUUGAGCCAAUCAAACUGUAUGGUUUGCUAAUUAAUUCUGACCUUAAUUUGUCUCAUUCAGUGGUGCUCUAACGAUAUUUAGCAGACUGUGAUAACUGGGGGAGUCAAAAUUGUUCAGGCACAACUGCUUCUCUGUAUUAGAGAUACUCAGUACAGUAUUGAAUAUCUUACCAUUUUCUCUGCAGGCAUAUAUUCCUAAGCUACAAUCACAUUAUUCACUUUUUGGUUAGCUCCCCAAAAGGGGCUCAUGCAAAGUAUUCGUCCCAUGGCUGUUACCAGCCAAGCCCCUUCCUAUGAGGUCCAAAGAUAAGCAAGAAGCCAAGCAGGAUUCACAAGUAAACAGCUGAGGGAUUCCUACCCAUUUUAUUCUUCCUAUGUGCUCAAUAUAUAGAGUCACAACUGGGAAAGAGAUCCUCUUCUCUUCAAAUGACCAUAUCUAACCCCUCUGCCACCCUAAGCACCACACCCUCUCAAUUAGCCUUUGGCUAAUAAAACCAUCUAUAUACCCUUUGAAAUUGUGUAUGUGUGUUGAGGGGCAGAUUGUUGGUUUUGUUUGUUACUGUGUUGUGCAUGGUUGUGUUUUUAUACUGUAAACUGCCCUGUGAUCCUCAGUUAAAGUGCAGUAUAGAAAUUUGAUAAAUAGCAGCAGCAGUAAUAAUAAUAAUAAUAAUAAUAAUAAUAAUAAUAAUAGGGUUUUUUAAUAGUGCCCAGGGCAUAUGUCAUAGGGCUGCCAUAUUUUGAAGAGGAAAAAAGAGAGAACACAUUUGCCGACUUCUACUUUUAACAAUGGAUCUCUGUGACGACUCUACCCAUGAAAAAGAGGACGUGUCCUGGAAAAAGAGGACAUGAAAAACUGAAUGCUGCCCUGUGCAAUCUUACUGACAUCGCCUUUGCUUUUUUAUAUCGAGUGCCAAGAAACAGAAAUAAAUUGUCUGGUGGUAUUUGUUGCUUUGGUCAUGCAAACACUUGCAGAGUAUUUAUGUUUUGAUCAGUGUUAGAAAUUAGCCAAGCACCAGACACGUUUUGCUACUGGCGUGGGUCCAGUUACAACUAUGUGGAGAUUUUUGGGUCACAGUUUAAAAACUCUGCCUUAGUCCAUAGUUUGUACCAUUACCACUGUGUGUGUGUUUCUCCUUCUUGCAUCCUGGUACAAGUGAAUUGUUGUAAGAGCAAGCUACAGUCAAACAAUGUAGAAUCGUAAAAUUGGUCCAACUCCCUGGAAAAUAGCCAUUCCAUUGUGGUGGCCGUAACCAAGAUUUAAGGUGCACUUGGCAUCUAGUUUAUAUAUCUGAGUUUCUAACUGGUUUUGAUCCCAUAAAUCAAUAUCAUCAACAGUAUUAACCAGUGACAUUUAAUUAGGAGCAUCUGCGGUGCUGUGUCUCAUUCUCUUUACCACACAUGAUGAGUAAGUGUGCUUGGUCCUUAAAUUAUGUCAUUACUUUGUCAUUAUGUUAUUCCAUCCCAUUCAUUUCAGUGCAAAGAAAAUGCAAUACAUAUGACAGGGGAGGCGGGUAGUAAUUAUUUCAUGUAUGGGCCAAAAGCAAUACCAACAGUGAAUACAGUGAUACCUCGGGUUAAGAACCUAAUUUGUUCUGGAGGUGCUUUCUUAACCUGAAACUGUUCUUAACCUGAGGUACCACUUUAGCUAAUGGGGCCUCCUGCUGCCGCUGCGCCACCAUCAUGCGAUUUCUGUUCUCAUCCUGAAGCAAAGUUCUUAACCCGAGGUACUAUUUCUGGGUUAGCGGAGUCUGUAACCUGAAGCGCCUGUAACCUGAAGCAUCUGUAACCUGAGGUACCACUGUAUUGAUUGUAUUUGCUAGAUUGAUUUCAGUUCUGGACAUGGGAUGAAUAAGUGAACAAUGGCAGUUUCUGCUACCAUUUCUGUUUCUGUUGGAAUUCUCCAAAAUCCUUGCCUGGGUGUUUUGUACGGUAUAUUGAAGUCCAGCAGCAGAGGUUGGCCUGUGUCCACUUCCCUCUGUUGCUGCCAGCAUUCAAAACUCCCAUUGUUCUCGGCGCAUUUUGCGACAGGGAAUUUCAUUAAUGUGAGCAGUUUCUGAGCCCUGAGAGCAGUACUGCGCCUAAGAAUUCAGAUUAAAACUGCCACUGCUGGAACGAAAGGAGGACGUUUUUCUGCCUCCCGACUUCUAGCUACUUUCUGAGGUCUGGAGAAGGGACCCUCAUAAGAAUAUUAAGGGAGCGGGCAGGGGAAGUAUGGCUUUGUUUUUUGCAGUCUUCAAAUGAGGACUAGACCGUGUGAAAAUUGAACAUAAGAUUUUAGUCGAAACAAAAUAAAAAAAUUCCUUCCAGUAGCACCUUAGAGAGCAACUAAGUUUGUAUCUGAAGUUUGUAUCUGACCAACCUAGUUGGUCUCUAAGGUGCUACUGGAAGGAAUUUUUUUAUUUUGUUUUGACUACAGCAGACCAACACAGCUACCUACCUGUAUAAGAUUUUAGCUGCAGUUCAUUCAUUUUCAGUUUCUUGUUAUAAAAAAAGUGUGCCUAGACAUUCCAUUGUUGCGCCCAUAACCUAGGUUUAAGGUGCCAUUUUGCUCCUGGCUUUCAUAUCUCAGUUUCUAACACUGGCUGCUGAUAUCUUGAAGAGAAGGAACAUGGGCUCCAAGUCCCCAUCUCCACUUCCCCCUGCUGCAGCCUUGGUGGUGGCUCUUGCUCCUGGUGCACCUUUUGCACAGCGGGUAGAAGAUCCCUGUCACUGGCGCCAUUAGGCCAUUAGGGCCGAGUUCAGACCAUCAUUCUGAACUAUGGUUAACCAGACCUUGAUUUAUAAACCUUCACUUGGCAUGUCAUGUGAACCCGCCACUAGCAUGUUGCCCCAAUAAACUUUGCCAUGAACUAAUGCAGUUCUUGGACUGAAAUGGUCCUCCAUAACCUUUGACUUUGUGCUUUCUCUUUGUCCUUGCUAGCAUCAGGCAACAUGACAGAUAUGGGCAGCUGAUUCUGGCAAAUGCCACUGCAGCAGACACUGGUCAAUACAGCUGCUGGCUCCUGCAAUGCAGUGGCUACAAUUGCAAGAAGGAUGAGACCAAAACGGGCUCAACGUACAUCUUUUUUGCAGGUAAUGGAAUGGCUCAUUGCUUCCAGAGGUAGAAAGGUCCUUCCUUAAUGCUAUCUUUUUUUUCAUCUUUGCACUUCACGGUAUCCCUGUAUCGAGUGGGCAGCAAGUGUUUCUGAUAGUGCAGAUUAUACCCUCUUUUGUGCUCAUUAGUUACAUGCUCAUUUUUCAAAGCAGUUCAUUUUUUAGCACUGCUGUAUUUGGGUUUGCGUAUGCAAUCAGUCAUCGUCUUUUGGUGAUACAUUAUCUUAUUUAAGCUUCUUGUUUACACUGAAAAUAUUUUAUUGGAGAUCAAAGCAAGUUAAAAAAGAGGAAUGGUUAAUUAGUGCCUGCUGUCUGUUUUGUAGAGAAAAUUUACAGUCAGCCACAUUAUGGUUAUUUAAGGUGUGCAGUGGUGGAUGAAGUUAAAAAGUCACUGCAUGCACAUCAUCCCUUAAUGCAGCCUUCCUCAAGCUGUAAGUUUUGGACUAAUUUCCUCACCACUGGAUGUGCUGCUUGGAGCUGAUGAGACAUCUGACAGGUACCAGGUUGGGGGGUAGGUGUCCCUAAUGAAUAAGCAAGAUAAGGAGCAAUAAUGUGAGGUGAAAAUGCACUGCGUAAAGAGCGGUGAUUGAACUAGGAUACCAGGUCUACAAAUCAUGAUUGGUACAGAUAUGGGGCCAUGGGUGGUGCUGCGGUCUAAACCACUGAGCCUCUUGGGCUUGCUGAUCACAAGAAUGGCAAUUCGAAUCUGCGGGAUGGAGUGAUCUCCCGUUGCUCUGUCAAAGCUCCUGCCAACCUAGCAGUUUAAAAGCAUGCCAGUGCAAGUGGAUAAAUAGGUACCACAGCAGUGGGAAGGUAAACAACAUUUCCGUGCACUCUGGCACUCAUCAUAGUGUCCCGCUGCACCAGAAGUGGUUUAUUCAUGCUGGCCAUAUGACCUGGAAAAGCAGUCUGCGGACAGACGCCAGCUCCCUCGGCCUGAAAGCAGAAAUGAGCGCCGCACCCCAUAGACUUAACCGUCCAGGGGUCCUUUACCUUUUACCAGUACGGAUUCUGAUCAGAAGUAGAGGAUUCUAGGUGGUGAAGUUAGUACAACAGCUCAGUUUGAAAAGAUCUGGUUAUUUUAAAAAUUCAGAAAUGCAGUCACCAUUCUGAGACUUAUGCUGGAAGAUCCAAAUAUGCUGUUAGGAUUCUUUUAAAACUGCAUGCAGUGUGUUAUGGAGGCUGCUUUCACAGUCUGAGAGGCCCUGCUGAGCACAUGGCCACAUUCAAUAAAGGCUUAGUGAUUUGGGGCUUAGUGUUUAAAUUCAAUUGCUAAGUAUUUGGAAUCACAACUGAAAAUGUAAUUCUUGCAGAGGUACUAUGGUUGCCUCUCUCACUAGGUCAGGCUUGGAUAACUUGUUAUCCACUUUUCAUGCCAGUCUUCAUGUGACUUUGGGGUGUGUGUUUCACAAGGCUCACUAGUCUCCCAAGAGUGGUUUGUUUACCCCUGAGAUAGAUCGGGCAUUUGUUUACAGGGGACAUGCAAAUUAGAGAUGCAUUGAAGCCAUUAUAUAUUUAAAUUAGUUCAUUCAUUUUCUUUUAGAAAACUACUCUUAAAGGUAAUGUUAUUGUUGGUAAAAAUCAGAUUUCUGCUAAUAAACCAUUUCUCCCAUUAUUGAUGUUUUUGCUAUGGUGCUGGUUAAAAUGGUAAUGACUGGUGCGUGAUUAAUAUCCAUUGCCUUGCUUCUUCCUACAGAUAAAGGGGAGCUCUUCGUUCCUUCUGCCAGUUAUUUUGAAGUUGUCUACCUCAACCCAGAUAAGCCAGCGGUAGUUCCUUGCCGAGUGACCAGCCCAUCAGUGAAAGUCUCAUUGCACCAGGAGUUCCCAGCCGAAGAAAUCCAAGUGGAUGGAACCAACAUUAUUUAUGACGUGAAGAAGGGUUUUAUCUAUAAGCAUCCAACAUCCGAUCACAAGGGAGUGGUUUACUGCAGAGCAGAAUCGUGGGGAGCACCUCAGAUUUCCAUCAAGUACCAGUUGCUUUAUGUGGAAGGUAAAAAAACUAACCGAAUGGCUCAGGCUAACAUCAAAGCAAGUUCUACUGUACACUCUCGCAGUGCUUUAAACUGGCCCUGAGUAAUUUCCCACACAAGUUAACACAGUGGUGAUCUGUGUUUAUGGUGAUGUGGGUAGCGCUGUGGUCUUCUGCCAACCUAGCAGUUCGAAAGCAUGCCAGUGCAAGUAGAUAAAUAGGUACCACUGCAGCGGGAAGGUAAAUGGCGCUGGUUUCCAUCACGGUGUUCUGUUGCACCAGAAGCAGUUUCAUCAAUGCUGGCCACAUGACCCAGAAAGCUGUCUGUGGACAAAUGCCGGCUCGCUUGGCCUGAAAGCGAGAUGAGCACCACAACCCCAUAGUCACCUUUGACUGGACUUUUAACCAUCCAGGGGUCCUUUACCUUUGCUUUACCUUAUGGUGAACUACCUAGGUACUCAGGUUUAUACUGAACUACUCAGGCUACUUCACCACAAGCAAAACACAUUCAAAUGUGUUUUCUGAAGUCAGCCAAGUAAAAUUAUCAGCGUAGUGAAACUUUCCAAACCUCGAGUGUAUAUCUGUUUUGAAACUGAGGCGGAAGAUAGCAGUUCUCUGUUAUCUUUACGCAAUACCUACAUUUUCCACAAGCUAUGUUAAAGAAAACUUAAAACCAAGGGAAGUCUUAGAAUACUACAGUAAUAUAUCUGCACCAACAAAUAAUUUUGCCCUCAAACAGCAGUUGCAGCUAAUUUGUGAGCAAAUUACAAGAGAGUUGUGUGUCUGUUGGGUGGGGUUGAGCAAUAAUGAAUUAAAAAUGGAUUUUGAGUAGAAUUUUAAAUUGUCAAUAUUUUUUUCUACUCCCUGCAUAAAUGUUGUUGACAGUAACUUGAAUGCAACUAUUAGCAGCUGGUGGUCUUCCAUGUUGUGGAAUUUUCACUUGCUGAUUUCUACAAGUCAGGCUGGUCCAUCUGCAACCCGGUAGGCUAUUAAAAAUGUGGAAUCACUUUUUAUUGUCUCUCACCCAUCUCUUUGAACCAGUCCCUAGUGGCCCGCCUUCAACUACAAUCAAAGCAUCAUCCAGUACAGCAGAAGGUGGUGAUGAUAUCAGUGUUCUGUGCACAGUUUUGGGGGAGCCAGAUGUAGAAGUGGAGUUUAAUUGGAUAUAUCCAGGGCAAAAGGUAAACUGCUGCUUGUUUUCUUAUUUCUCUAAAAAAAAACCAAAAUAGAAAAUGACAUGAAUAGCAUGAAAUUUUGGAAGGCAUGAAAACAAAGCUUAUUCGCUACAAAGUUGCUAAAGUCUUGAGAACGAUGCAGGCAGAGGGUAAUGUUGACUGGUAAUCUGUUUUUUUCCCCCUGCCACUUUUAGCUUGGAAAGAUUAUACACAAAGGCCUGAUUUGGCCCAAAAUUGGCCAUCCAUAUUUUGGAUAAGUCUAUGCCCCAAAAGCCUAACAAAAGGACUACUAUAAAGUUAUCUACAUGAGUAGACACAAGGGGACGUGGGUAGCGCUGUGGUCUAAACCACAGAGCCUAGGGCUUGCUGAUUGGAAGGUUGGCGGUUCAAAUCCCCGCGAUGGGGUAAGCUCCUGUUGCUUGGUCCCAGCUCCUGCCAACCUAGCAGUUUGAAAGCACAUCCAAGUGCAAGUAGAUAAAUAGGUACCGCUCCGACGGGAAGGUAAAUUGUGUUUCUAUGCGCUGCUCUGGUUCGCCAGAAGCGGCUUAGUCAUGCUGGCCACAUGAACCAGAAAAACUGUCUGCGGACAAACAUCAGCUCCCUCGGCCAAUAAAGCAAGAUGAGCACCGCAACCCCCGAGUCGUCUGCGACUGGACCUAACGGUCAGGGGUCCCUUUACCUUUUACAUGAGUAGAUAAGGAAUAUGCUUUACAGAGAGCGCUUAUCAUUAUAAUCUAUCACAACAUUUUUCUACUAGGACAUCCUGAUAAAAUUUUGAGGGUUAUUUCCCUUCUGCACUUUGAUUCUUCACCACUAGAUUUUAGAAAAUCAAGUUAUAUUCACCUACUGUUCUGUAGAACAGUAAUUGACCCUUUCUAGUUUCCUUUUAUUUUUCAAUAUAUUAUUGUAAAUUCACAGAUUAAUAUGAUUGUGAAGCUGCUGGUGUACACAGUUAUUACAGCAACACAAACUCUCAUCCUGUUUCAAAGCAUAACCCAUGCCAUCAGUUUAGCAAUAUGUGGCUACUAAAAUUGAUUAGUAACACAAUAACAUUGAUUUGUGGACAUUUCCUUUAUUUUGUGUGGUGAUAGUGGGCAUUAGGAUAAAAUGCAAUUUGUUCCAAAGCCUCUUUCUGGUUCUGAGAGGUGGUAGAGUCAGUUGUGCCUUUGCAAUAUGGUGCUUGGAUAUUUUGAAUAUUUUUACCACAACUGUGUCUGAAGUGGCACAGUUCUGCCCCAUGAUCUCUCAUGCAUAAAUCCCACUAAAACCACUUUAACUCUUGACAAAACAGAUGGCAGGACUACAUACCAAAUGUCUGAAGUUCCAUCCACUGCAUGGAUUCAAUUAACUUUUCAAAGGUGGUAUUUAAAAGACUUACAUCUUUACAUCCUUGAUCAGCUUACACUGGUGAGUCCCAGACUCGGCUGUACCAAAUAAUCUGGACCCAAAAGAAAUCAUAGGACCAGUUUUCCCAAAGGUGUUUAAACUAGACAAAAUACCAUUAAGGAAGUAUGGAGGAUGUUGUAUUAAGGCUGUAAUCUGCUGCCACACUUUGCUGGCCUUACUUCCAGUUAAACGUGCCUAGCUAGGAUCUGGCUGCAUGUCACAUAUAGGUGCUAAAAUUCCCCAGUAAAUAAUCUUCAUCUGGCAUGAAUACAAAGAGAGGCCAGCCUUAAAUGGUCAUGUUUCCCCUUCAGAUUAAAAGGGCAGAAACAAACAAGACAGCCCUAGAAGCAGCAAACACAUCUUUCAUUGUAUGGGAACAGCUGGGAUUCUUAUUGCAAAACCAGCAGCCUCGGCAUCUUCCGCAAUAGCUCUGCCAUUCAGAUUAAAACUCCUACGCUAGCAAGUAAACUACUGUUAAUAAAAUUAAGUACUGUGUUUACAGAAAUGCUUCCAAUGACUAUCUCAUGUUAAGUGUUUUCCAAUCAUUAGUAUGAAAGGCCUGUGGUUAUCCAAGACUCUUGGAGGCUGAUCGACAGAGGAAUUGGUCACACCACGAGAAUUUCCGAGAGCCUUAUUACCGUUGAAGAUUUUGAGACCAUUGAUGGUGGAAACUAUAUUUGUAUAGCUCAGAACCUUCGAGGACAGACCACAGUAGCUGCCUAUGUUGAACUCAUCUGACAUAUUGAGCUCUCGGACAAGACGGAACAGGAAAUGUAUUGCUGGACUGCUUCUGGCAAGCUUUGCCUUCAGAACUUGAGAUAAGUGGAAACAAAUCUUAAUAUAAUUCAUUCUUACUUUAGAGCAACACAAAUGCAAGCAUGUGGUUGUAAAUGAGGGUUAUUGUGCAAGUGUAGCACAAGGGCUUAGAAACCGAACCAGGAACUAGAAUAUCCAUCACUCAGUGUUGCCUCUCCCACUCAAAGUGGCCUUAGAGAAAUGACCGUCCUAUCUUCAUUAUGGAAACACUGAAUUACCACACAGGGUUGGUUGCAAAAGGGUGCUAAAAUAAGUCUCCAUCACAUUCCGAACACUAAAGCACUAUAUAAAUGCUAAGCAUUAAAUAUAACUCAAGUCACUUUUUAGGAAAUAUACAUUUCAAAGCCAUAAUCUCACAAUAUUCUUUUGUCAUUAGGAGAUAAAAGCUAGCUAAGUUAACGUUAAAAUUAGCCUUGCGCUUUAAUUUGCACACAUGAAAAGUAAAUAAAUAUCACUUGUAACAUAGAUGCACAUGUCUCCUGGUAGCUUGGAAUGUAAUGCUUAGUUUGCUCUGUAAAAUUUAUUCCCCCUGCAGAAUUAGUCAUUGUAGGUUUUGUAGAAAUUGCAGUACAAUAUAUGUGUUUUAAUAUGCCAUCUUUAGGUAUAAUAGACAGCUGCAGCCUGAAUGGUUGAUGUUGUUGUCAUUUGUAAAAUACGUAUCAAACAAAUAAAAUACUCUGCAAGUUUUAAGCAUUUGUAGAUUUAAUAUUAAAAGUAGUUUUCUUAUAUUUAUACAGUAGUACCUCGGGUUAAGUACUUAAUUUUGGAGUUCCGGAGGUCCGUUCUUAAUCUGAAACUGUUAACCUGAAGCAUCACAUUAGCUAAUGGGGCCUCCUGCUGCUGCAGCACGAUUUCUGUUCUCAUCCUGAAGCAAAGUUCUUAACCCGAAGUACUAUUUCUGGGUUAGCGGAGUCUGUAACCUGAAGCGUAUGUAACCCAAGGUACCACUGUAUAGGGGACAUGACUUACUGCAUGUUACUCGGCUGUUUACAUAGUAGAAGGAUCCAGUUUUAGUGUUCAGUGUGAAGGUCUUUUGCUGAUCACACCAAGCACUAAAAGAAUUCUAAGCAAGUGUAGAAUUCAAAUUGAAUUCAAAUCAUUUCUAUUGGUAACUGCAUUUAGAAUUAAGCACUCAUCCAGCCUCUGUAGAAGGGAAACAAAAACAACAUCUUUUAAUAAAUUAAGUUUCAUCAUCUAAUGCAGCUGUAAGUUUUGAACAAUACAUAAUGCUGGAUGAUUCGACAAAACACCACUUUCUGUGGCAGCUUAUUCAAUCUUAUUAUUACUGUGUGCAAGGUCAUCUAAAACAGAAGCCUCUUCUGUAUAAAUGGCUCAGAAUGUGGAUGUUAUGCUUAUAACUGUAAAAUUAUCUCUUUAGCCUCAGUAUUUUUGCUUUUAUGUCUAAACAGGCAAGAGUCUUGAACCAGUAAAAAAAAUUUAUUUUAAUUUUCAACACUCAAGUACAUAUAAUCAAAUAUGACCUUGCCAAAGAAAUAAAUUGCUCCAAGUCAUACUUUUAAGCCAAGUUUCAGCCUAUAGCGGAUUUUCAUAGUUAUAUAAAUCAAUCUCUGAACAACAGUUAAUUUAGAAGUGCUGAUAUCUCUAGCUACAUAACAGUGCCAUAAAUGGGUUUGGGCAGGCAAAAUGCUUCACAGGGGAGGCACACUUUACACAAUGUAAAAUUAAAAUAAUUCAUCCUUGAAUUUUUCAUAUUACAGAGUAAUAUUUCAGUCAGUAAUAACUAAAACCUUCUGCUGUUGAAGCCAAUGUUUCUGCACCCUAAACAAAACAUUUGGUUUGAUACUUUGUUUUCCAAGUUUAUUAACGUUUUUCCCAGUGCUCCUUCGGUUUUAUGGAAGGGGACAAGGAUAUCUCAAGACCUAGCUCUCAAAUUGUCAACAUCUUUGCUACAAACCACUAUGGGUUGAAUCCAAUGCUGUCAUUGCAUGCGUGGGUCAGUCUUCACUUGUGCAACAUGCCUUCCCUUUCCACUCCUGUACCCUGCAUCCCUCUGUGCCCCCAGAAAAUCUGCUCCAGAGUGCCUCCAACCCUCAAGCAGAUUGAGGGUACUGGGGGGCAGCAGUGGAAAGGAGAGGAUGGGCAAGCCCAGUUGCAAAAGUGGGAGUCUCUCACUUGUACAACUGUCAUUUCAGCUACAACCCUAUGAUUUCAACAGGCUUUGAUUAACAAGUUGAUUAUUCAACAGCAAUGACGGUACCAGUGCGUCUUGGAUGUGUGAGUGAUGACUACAUAACCAAGCCAUAGCACUUAACAGUCCCAUCUAGAUCUGAUAGCAGAGAUAGUGUUUAACCAUAAUAAAAAAUGCGUUUGUACAUACAAGAAUACAUGUUGAACAGGUCAUUAACAGGAGCGGACAUGCAGUGAGUCAUCUUCAGAUUUGUAAUGCAGCACUGAAUGUUGCCUAUGACACAGACAUCUUCAACCUAUCAUGUCAGCAAAAUAAUCAGUUUUUGUUUUUUCUGAUUCCUGAAAAUCUCAUGCUAAAUGAAAUGGGGGAAUGCAGAGUCUUGCAGCCAGUUGGUUAAAGUGCACAUCGACAAGUUAUCAGUUCGGGAUGUUUGUUCUCCGCAAUGCAAGGAAGUGCUACUGGCAGCUGUACACAAUGGCUGUGUUCAUACAACAUGCUAAGCCGAAGCCUUGGCUAGGCAAAACUGAAUGAACAUGUGGGCUCUUAGGGAGGAGCUUCUAGCUAUUCAGCUCCUCUCUGGGAGCCUGCACAUUCGCUGUUUGGCUUAGUACAUUAUGUGAACACAACCAAUCCUACUGUUCUAUCCUAAUAAUAGCAUCUGAAUAUAUAUAUAUAUAUUUCCUUUAGUGUGAAAUCCUGUGAUCUCAAGUCAAAUCAGACCAUUAUUCUCCACAGCUGUCGUCACCCUGGAAAGGGCUGCAUGUCUGAACUAUCUAUCACCAGAUAUCUAAAAAAAGGAGGGGGAAGAACAUUUAACUAGGUGAGAAAAGAAACCCUGUUCUUAUAUAGUUACCUAGGGGAAGCUUAAAAAUAUUUUGAAUGAUAUUUUGUGGUAUGAGAGGUUAUCGGUCUUGUCGUAAAUUCCACUAUGCAAGUAGGCAGACAAUGACAAAAAUCAAAUAAAAAUCUCAACUGAAGCAGAGAGAUAAGGAAAAACGUAGAGCACAAGCGGCAGCUUUUCCUUAGUCCCAGAGAAGGGAAAAAAUCUAUGAUGAAACAUGCAUAAUGGCAAUAUUUUAUUUAUGAAGUACAUGUCACUUUAUUCUUCAGCUUUCGUCCUUUAUAAUAUACAUAGCAAAGGUGGCUGCAUCACACACACAUAACACACUCACCGUGUGAUACAUCCAAUUCACUCAUGCCACACUCGGCGUCUCAAGGUGUCUAUAAUAAGGAACGUAUUAAAGGUUGUGAUCUUUUAUUUAUAAGCCCCUGAGCAUAUUUUUUUUCUCCCUAGAGUUAGGUGAAAAAAGGCAAAAAACCGAACAAGACUUUCCUUGCUCUUUUAAGUGCUUUGUGCAACAAUGUUCAGAGAAGUUAUCACUGAAGUCUUUUUGUAUUCUUUUAAUAAGGAGAUGCACUGUUUCGAGUUCUAGCCAUGAACUCCCAUUACGUUACAGCCAUUUCUCAUGACAGUCAUUUCCAGUUAUAUUUCAAUCACGCGCAGCUAAUAUAGCUCUUUGCUCCCUCGAUCCAUGUUUUUUAGUUCUGCAGACCAAAAAUGAAAUGCCUGUAUGGAGAGUGUCUCUUCGUUCAGUGGUGUCAUCUAGGCGACACUGUUGGGCUGGAGAAGGAGCCUGAAUUCCUUGGCGAUUGAAAAGGCAUUGGUGGAGUACUGGGGGACAGUUUUCUUGGGCUGCACAGGUCUCCAUUGUGUAGCUUCCACAGAAGUUCUUCAUUUUCCAUUGACAAGCGCUUAUUUACCUUUGAUUCUUUCUCCAGAGACUCUUGCAAAACUGCCUGUUCGGUGGAAAGUUGCCUGUUAUAUGAGAGAGAGAGAGAGAGAGAGAGAGAGAGAGAGAGAAAGCAGACGGUUACUGUCUAGGUUGGACUAGCAACAAUACGCUGCAAGUGUACCCUCUUUCCCCAAAGGUGUUUCUGUUCAGGAUUUCAGGUAGCUAUAGCCUUCCCCAGAGUUAACAGACAUGGUUGCUGAAUUUAAUCUCCUACCAGUCCCAGCCAACAUAGCCAAUGAUUGGUGGUGAUGAGGAUUGCAGCACAGCUCUCCUAAUCUCUGAUGUUGUUUUUUCUCCCAUCCAACAAUUAGAAUUCUGUGGUUCUUAAGGGCAGUUUCCCUGGGCUGUUUGGAGGUUGCUUUUUGCUCUCUUUGGUUUACGUUUUGUAUUUCUGCACACCUGAGAGUUCACUCGUGUGUGCAGGUAACUUGCUUCCUCCUUAGUGGUUUUGUUGUGGCUCCAGUCCUGUCAGCACUCAACCUCGAGCUAGAGGGGGAAUGAUCAUGUGACCAUAUUGUGGUUUGCCAGUCAGCUGCUUGUGGUGCAAGGAAACUCUGUGGACAGGGACCGGAGUAACAAACUGCAGAGCUUGCCUGCUCUACAUCCUUGCCCUUAAGAGAUGGUAGCCCCGUAAUCCUACAAAAGGGCAAAGCCAAGCCACUUUCCUCACAUAGGAUUUAACAUUAGGGACUGAGCUUCCUGCUGCAAGGAGUGGAGAGCAAACUUCUUGAAGGCAGAAGAAACAGCAAAAGGGGAAAGAGUAGUUAUCUGAUCCUCCUUUUUAAAAGCUAAACUCUUCCACGAUUCAGAAAAAGUUACCACCAAGGACUAAUAGUCCAACUCCAAACAUAAGCAGUCUGAGCAAGUACUUUCACAAAUCCAGCAUAGUUUAAAUAUAAAGAGCUUAAGGAGGCUGCUUUCUCUUCUGCAGGGACACUGAAUGUCAGCCAUUGACCAAGUAGUACUAAUUCUCUAUGCAGUGGCUCUCCAAAGCUGUUUGUACAUUAAGUAAUGAAGCAGAAUCUUGAAAACUGUUCUUAGGCAAGCCCCUCUGAAACUAUUAAGAAAUUGUGGUAACUAGGUAAGUCCACAUUCAAAUGCUGUGUGAACUGUGCUUCUGUUCCUUUUACUGCAGGCAAGUCCCACCUGCAAUAGGCUUGAGGUAAUUUGCAGUAUAUACAAUUUCACUUGAGUUCUCUACUUUCUAAAUCCACCCCCCCCCCAAACAGAACUAUGGCAGCUGUUAAACUACAAGAGCAACUCAAACAAGUAUUUUAGAGUUACCUGGAAAGCUCCAUGUGUUUGUCCAUCCGGGCUUUUAAUUCUUCAUUCUCCUGCUGAAGUUUUCUCAUUUUCUCCACUAAGGCUGCAUUGUUCUCCACCUUGAACAAAUGUGCAAAUUUAAUGUGUGGUGGGGAGGGGGAGAGGCCAAUUUAUUUUAGAUGAAGCCAGGUUGUCCUAUUGUGUCAAUUUAUAAAAUAACAUCUCAAAAUCUACCACAAACAUUAUUAUUAUUAUUUAAAAAACUUGCUAUUACCGCUCCAGAGCUCAAGCAUAAAUUCUCUACUACAAACUUGUAAAAUGCCUCCUUUACCCUGCACUAAUCUAGUCUUGUCUUGUUAAAACUAGUAAGAAGCACCUUAUAAUUGAAAGAAAAAAUGGGAGAGUUGACCGGAGUCUUCCAGUUUCUUCUGUUCAGCAUCCUUAUGUUUUUGGCUGCACAAUCUGGAUUUAUGGCCAGUGUAUUGUGUUUAGGUUUAAGAAUUAAAUGCUGUGGAAUUAAUGAUCAAGGGCAGUAUAAAAGUCUCUAAAAUUAUAAAUACUACUUAGCUCUGCUCCCUGUCCCUUGGAUUUAUAAUCUGUUCCUCUGUGCGCUUUGGAGACGAGAGGCCUAACUUACUUAUUUACAUGUGUUCUGAGACCAGUAUAUCAUCUCAGAAACAAUGGCACCCACUGUCCUGGGAUCUCAAUGUCCCCGAUUAUUAUGAUGUUUGCCCAGCCUUACUGCUGCCAUUUAGAUGACACACCCUGCUGGCUCCUCCUGCCUCUGGCAGAGCGAAAGGUUUCCAGAAUUUGUCACACUUUAAAAAGCAUGUAAAAGAGGGAGGCAGGCAUCUCUCUGUCUCUGAAACCACCCAUUCUCAGAGUUUCCUGUAUGGGGUCACUGCUCAGAAUAUUGCUUAUUCUGCUCUGCAUCUGCAUUACUCCAGCAAAUAUUAAGCAGAGAAACAGAAGUUUGCAUAAACACCCUCAAUUUACAUUCUCUUUCCAUAUCAACAGAGCAGAAUUGUUAUACCAUGUACCUGGAUUUAUACAGAAUGUUUUAAAUGUUCAGUAUUUUAAGUGUGCAAAGGGCCCCAUAUAUUUCCGUAACCCUUACAAAAGUUCGUGAUGUACUGUCUUUAUAUGACAGAUGGGAUGGGCUCAGACGGAGAGAAUGAUGGACUGCAAAAGUUCAUAGGUGGAAACUUAUUUAGCUAAAGCUAAUUAAUUUACGUUAGCUCCACAGAGGAGUAUUAUGGUUCCUCUUUCCAGUUUUACUCCUUUUUAACUCCUCUGUAACUUGAAUUUAUUGCUUCAGUGUCUACUUUUGCAUUAUCAGCACAAAUCCAGCUUUUGGAAGCCUAGCACUCCAAGAAAAAGCUCACCAGUUUUUCCAUCUUCAACAAUUUGAUAUCUUGUUGAUGUAGCUUCUCAUUUUUGAUCUCCAGCACUGCUUUCAAACUUUCCAGUUCUUGUUCCAGAUACAUAAGCUGAGGGUUUUUCUGCAAAAUGACAUGCAAAGUUAAUGGAGGCCCCUCAAGAUUGCCAUGCAUAGCAAACAUAUUUUAAGUUAUGACUGUAAAUAUUGACUUGUUACAGAUUUCCUUAACCAAGCAGGGGAAAACAUUUAUCACACACACACCAAGGUACAUCUAAAAAAUUUCAAACUCGGAAGCUGUUUGUAUGGAGGAAUAACAAAGUCUCUUUAAAACAAAACUUUCACAAAUGCUCUAAAUGUAAUUUACAGCUCUUGUGAAAUUAUUUUAUUGCUGUAAAAAGUGAUAAAGGUGGUCACUUUCUGGUAUAUUGCUGUAUUUUUAAACCACGCGUAAGGAUAUCUAUCCCAAGGUAAAAUAUACCUAUAAUGAUUAAAACUUCAAAUGGGCUUCAACCAUGAAACCAUAGAAAAUCAUCUUGUAAUGAAAAUGUACACACACAUCUGUCUGUUGAAAUUUAUCCAGAAUUGUUUUAUAUUUGAAAAUUAUGGAGAUCCGAUCUUGAAAAAAAGCAGCUGAUAUAGAUUCUGGUUCUAACUAGGGGUGCAUGCAAACACUGUUUUUAAUUUACAAGUAAUACUGAUUCAGGUAAUUAAAUUUGUUAUUGAGAAAUGCCAGAUACAAUAUUGAUAAAUUAGUAUUUCCAGAAAAUAAAUAAGAUUUUGGUGCACACAUUACUCAGUUCCAUAUUGCCUAGGGAUAAUUCUAACAAAAACCCCACUACCAAAUUAGUAUGUAUGCAUCUAAUUGCACAAGUGCUUUCCUCAGGUCAAGCAAGAUCUUCCUUGCAUCUUGAUAACAAUGACCAGUAGCAAAAGUAAACUCAAGAGCUAAGAUAAUAUGAUAAUCUAAUGUAGCUCAAACAAAGCACAGCAACAGCCAAAAACAUAGGAACAGAUAACAUAGGUUCAGGUGCAGGCAAGACUAUAAACAUCUGUCAACUUUGGGGUUUAAGGAGAAAGACAAUGCUUUUUCGUCUUCUGCACACACCCACACUAGAUCUUCCAACUUAAAACUACAGUAACUCAACCUGCAGAAAAUGCACCACUACUCUGAUUUGUAGACCCAGAAGAAAGAAUGUAAUACACCUGGUUCAAAGGCUCAUAGUAUCUUCCUAUCCAGGAAUCAUAGGGCUGGAUGUCGUUUUAAAAAAACACAGCUAAAAAUAGAAAACCAGCUAAGCUAUGUGGAUGUACUGUAUACACACACAUACAAAAACACAGCAAGUAUGUGUAUUUUAAUUACACACAUACCCCACAUAUGCAGUGUAAUGGCAAUUAGGCGCACAUGACACUAGGAUCUGUCAACCUUUUUACACCAGGGAUCCACUUGAACCGUCCUCAUUCUCUUAAAACCAAGACUGCACUGCUCCUAGUGCAACACACCUGGUCAAGCAGCCAUUCAUCAGUUUAAGCCACAACAUUCGUAACUGCUAUUCAUGUUUGGAACAUUAACAGUGAAGCCACAGCACGGAAACUGAGAUAAGACAAUGCGAUGCCUAACUGGUCCCUUUGCACGAGCACAAAGGUUUUUGAUCCAGCAGGGGGGCAUCCUUCACUCAUGGAAGGAGAGGAUACGUUAUUUUUCCAAGCUCCCUUUCACCCAGUAGAUCCCAGCCUUCCCCUCCUCCCCACAAAAAAAAGCUAUUUCUAGAGGAUUAUAAAAGCAAGCCAGUACUUACAAUAUUUGUUUUUUCUUUGGCUGUACGUUUUUGCUCUUCCAACUUAAGCUUUUCAUUCAGGGAAUCAUUUUCACUCUGUAAUUCACUAAUCUUUUUCUAAAAGAUUAAAAACAAACAAAAAACACCCCAAACUUAAGACCUGAGCCUCUGCUAUAAAGCCAGGUAACAUUUUAGGAAAUUGCUAUCAAGUACGCUAAAUAGAAAACCCCAGUGUGAGAAAUUAGAAGUUGCAGAGAUCCUUAACACAAACAGUAGGUCAGAGUUUAGAGAAGUAAUGCUCCAAAGCAUAGCUGUCCUGGCCAAGGAAUUUGUCUAAGCAAAAAUAUAAAAACAAAAUGCAUGUUUUAUAAAGAAUCGGGAGUUGCAUUGCUUAUCCCAUGGUACUGUUGCACACCACCCCCAAACUCUGAGCAGUUUGAGGUUCCCAGGGGUUUGGUUCCAGGUGGUCUGUGUAUCCUUUUAGAAAACGAGACACAGCGGAGAUUGUGGUGUUUUUAUGCUAUAUGGUUUAUGUACAAAUAUAUGCAACUUGAGCCUAUAAUGGAGUGCACAGCAUCAAUACCCCAAAAGGGUCUUGCCUCUUCCAUAGACAUAGCUUUGGGUCCAAACAGCCAUCAUGCUCUGCCUGCUGUUUUGUGUCUCGGUCACAACUCCUAACUUCUUACUCUAAACCCUGGCUUUAUCAGUUGAGGGAAAGGUUCCGCUCAUUGUCUAAAUGGCUCAUCCCUUAGGCUAUCACCUCACACAGGAAGCUAGCCUGGCUUGUUUAGCUUUUAACACUUGUUGAUUCCAAAGGAUCAGAUGUGUCUAGCACACAGGUCUAUACACAUGGGUCUUAAUUGGCUUUUGAAAUUUGCUGAUUCCAGGGGAUUUAGAAGUGUCUAGCACACAGCUUAAUACACACACAGGCCUAGCUCCCAAGUGUCAACACCCCAGAUCUUAAUUAAAUUCCUUACUGAACACUUACUGAAUCAAGGAAUUUAGAAAUGUCCAGCACCCACAAACUUGUACCAGUAUGUAGUUUUAGAUCAAGUUGAAGGUACCUGUGGCUACUCUGGGCUGGCCCAAGACAUUUUGAUACCUGGCACUCCCCUCCUGACCAGGGAAGAAGGAGUGAGUGAAGAUCUACAUCAGGAACAAGGGGAAUAAAGAUCUCCUUUAUAUUGGAAUCUGCUGCCCCUGUAGCUCCUGCUGCCCGAGGCCUCAUGGGUGGGGUGGGGUGGACCGGCCCUAUGGCAACAGUUCCAGGACAUAGCUGUCAACUUACAGAUUUGAAAAUAAGGGGCCAGCAGCCUCAAAAAUAAGGGAUCAGCAGCCAAAAUAAAGGAUUUUCCGGGCACAGGUAUGUUCAACUUCUGAGCCCCUCCGAGCCAAAGGCAGAAAGCCCAGCCAGCAGCCAAACAAAGCCUCAAGCCUCAAGGAAAACCACUGUCACCUCUCCGCUGGGAAGCGCUGAGCAAAGGUGAGUCCCCAGGCAACACGGCCGAUUUGAUCAGCACAAGGCAUGCAAACUCCACCCCCCAGUCGUUCUUAGACUCCUUACUGGGUGAGCAACGCAGCCAAGCGACACAGUUGGAGCCUCCCUCCUCCCUGACCAGCAGGGAGAGAGAGAGAGGAGCUGCUUCCUUUGAAACCCGGGAAAUUUAAGGGACAUCAUCAAUAAGGGACAGCAGCGGGACAUGGCGCUGGGAUAAGGGACUGUCCCGCCAAAUAAGGGACGCUUGACAGCUAUGUUCCAGGAUGUUCUACAAAUACAAGGUACAUGUUGACUUUGACACUGUGGUGGCAUCUAAAUCUAGCAAUGUUACAGUUGCCUCUGGCUUAGUAAGCAAAAGAGAAAUUCCAGACCUCUAGUAGUUGUUGUUUUUCUUGGAGAGAUUCUUCAAGUGUCCUUCUUUCUAAUUCCUGGGCAUUCUUGAGCUCUGAAAAAUGUUUAGAGUCUUAACAUUGCACAAGUGUACUCGCCUAACUUCUUUACAAUACCUGCAUAGUGUGGGUUUUCAUGGUUAUUUUGGCAGGGAAGUUUUAAUAAGGUACUGACCUCUUGUCACACUGCCAGGAUUAUAAACAAUAAAUGUAUUUAGCAGCA